AUGGCGGCGCGGCGGGGCCCGGGGCCGGUGGCGGCGCUGGCGCUGCUGGCGCUGCUCGGCCCGGGGUGGCCCCUCCGCGGGGCCCGGGCCGCGCUCAACCUGCAGGAGCUCAGCGAGCUCAAGUACGGCCUCGAGAUCCUGGCCGAGCCCGUCCUGGCCGGGCAGCGGCAGGACGUGGUGACGGUGGCAUCGCGGUUCAAGCAGCUCUACGAGUGCCACCUGCCCCCCGCGGCCGUGGCACCGCCCCCGGGACCCCCCCGGGACCCCCGCGGGUACAACGGCUCCGGCGUGGCAGAGCUGCUGCGGCCCAUGGGCACCGCGCCCUGCCUGCUCAAGACUAAGGACUGGUGGACGUACGAGUUCUGCUACGGGCGCCACAUCCAGCAGUACCACCUGGAAGAGUCUGAGAUCAAGGGCGACGUGCUGGUGCUGGGCUAUUACCAGUCUGCCUUCGACUGGCACGACGAGGCUGCCAAGGCCUCCCAGCAGCACCAGCUGCGGCGCUACCACAGCCAGAGCUACGGCAACGGCUCCCGCUGCGACCUGACCGGGCGUGCCCGCGAGGCCGAGGUCCGGUUCCUGUGCGAGGAGGGCACGGGCGAUUACAUUGCCCGCGUGGACGAGCCGCAGUCGUGCCAGUACGUGCUGACCGUGCACACCACGCGCAUCUGCCACCACCCCUUCCUGCGCCCGGCCCCGGCGCUGGCACCGCUGCCCAUCCGCUGCCAGCCCGCGCUCUCGCCCGCCCAGUACGUGCAGUACGUGCGUGCCCAAGUCUCUGUCACCCAGCACAAGGUCGAGCAGAUCUCGCAGGAGCUGCGCUCUCUGGACUCGCGGCUCUGGAGUGACAGGGACAGCGAGGUGCCACCCCCAGGGGCACCCAGGGACACCCACGAGGGCACCCAGGCAGAGCCAGCGCAGGAUGUGCCAGCCGGGGAGCAGGAGGUGCCAGCCAGUGCCAGUGCCCAGCGGGACAGCGCCAGGGAGCCGUCCCCGAGGGCAGCCGGUGGUCGGGCAGCUGACCCCCGCAGGAGGAUCCACUUCAAGGUGAUCCGCAGCCCCGGGGACCUGCUGCAGUUCCUCGAGGAGCUCAAGGAGAGCACCAGGAAGGCCAGGGAGAAGGCGCGCGAGGAGGAGGAGGAGGAGGAGGAGAAGGAGGAGGAAGCAGCCAAGGCUGCCCCGGCCGGGCCGGGCCCUGCAGAGCCCCCCGGCCCCGAGGCCCCGCCCGGCCCCGAGGCCCCCGCGGGGCAGGAGGAGGAGGAGGAGGAGGAGGCUGAGGAUGAAGAUGAGGAGGAGGAGGAGGAGGAGGCGGGGCCGCUGCUGGCGGGGCUGGAGCUGCUGCCGCGGGAGCAGGUGGCGAGGCUCAAGGAGGAGGUGAAGAACCAGAUGGAGCAGGAGUUCGACAGCAUCAUCAGCGAGGUGGAGGAGGAGCUGGAGACCGAGGGGCUCAAGGGCGAGUUCGACCGGAGCCGCGCCACGCGGACCCUGGCGAGCACCCUGAGCCGCCUGAUGGAGCGGCUGGAGCGGCCCGAGCCCCGCCGCGACCCCGCCGGGGCCCGCGGGGAGGAAGAGGAGGAGCGGGAGGAAGAGGAGGAGGAGGGAGCCGCGAGGAAGGGCAGCGGCCCCCGGCCGGCCAAGGACGGGCGCGUGCGGGUGCGGAUGGGCAGGGCCGGGGGGAGCCGGGACGCCCCCAAAGAUGCGGAACCCCCCCGGGACAAGCAGGAGCCCCCCCGGGACAAGCAGAGCCCCCCGCAGGGGGAGAGCGAGGUGCGGGAGCUGCUGGCCAAGGAGGGGCUGCGCGCUGAAGGGAAAAUCGAGAUCAAGAUCGUGACGGCGGCGGCGGGGGGCGAGGAGGAGGAGGGGGCGCAGUGGCUGUCGGAGGAGGAUUCGCGGAGCCUCAAGGAGAUUUUCCUCAGCAUCCUGGUGCAGGGCACGGAGGAGGCGCAGAAGGAGCGGCGCCGCCUGCAGGCCCUGCAGGACAAUUACGGCUUCGUCUGGGGGGGCCGCCAGGAGCCCCCCCCGCCCCCCGACUCCGAGGACCAGGACUUCUGACCCCCCAAAAGCUGAGCCCUUAAAUCCUGAACGACCCCCCCGCAAUUGUGGCUUCAUCCCUGCCCUGCCCUGGCACCGGGCACAGGGGGCACCCCAAGGACACCCCGGGGGACCCUGCCCUGUUUGGGGGGACAUCCCUGUGCCCCCCCAGGGGACACUGUGCUGUCACCGCGGGCAUUUGUGACACGGAUGAACCGG